AUGAAUCAGGUGAUUUUGCUCAAGGCCGAGUGGGGCCAUUUGAGGGUUGGGAUUGUCGGACCUAUCCGGCUGUUUGGUAGGCCAACCAUGGCGAUGGGAAUGCCUCUACGGCAUUAUAUUGGUACUCUGGCAGCGUCCUUUGGCUCAAUGGCGCUUGGAUCCGCAUGCGUACAUGCGUACAUGCAGCCUGAAAUGGGUUCAUCAAGCGUUGCGGCAGAUUUUGAGAAAGAAGCACAAGCCAGGAGGCAAGCUAUUGAGGAGGUAGCGAAGCUUGCCAUGGAUGAGCGCUUUGGGCCUGCGACCGCCAGCGGUGGACAGCCACCCAGAUGA